CUUGGCGACUUUGGAAUCAUAAAACUGCUACCCAAUCAGAAAACUGACACUUAUACGGCUCCGUUCGGUACUUCAGCAUAUAUGUCACCGGAAUGUCUCAGAGGUGACAUUUCCAUUAAACUGGACACGUACAGUUUCGGCGUCGUUCUAGUAGAACUGAUGACGUCAUUGCCUCCAAUUGAUACAAAAAGACAAGGGAUAGAUUUGGUAACAUACAUGCUGGAUAAAUGUGAAGAAGAUAUCGAACCCAUACUAGAUAGGACGAUAGGAUCUUGGGAACAUGACAAUAUUAAUUUUGCCGAAAAGCUGUUUAAAUUGGCGUUAAAGUGCCUCGAAGACAAUAAAAAGAAACGACCAGAAAUGGUCCAGGUAGUUGACGAACUUAGACAGAUUGUUCAGUUACUAGACUGAGGUGCCUUAAUGUUUGCAAUUUGUGAUAUAAUUAACUAUUUCGGUCACUUUUCUGAAUGUGGUAGCAAUAAUUGGUUUUGUUUUAACGCUAAAUGAAUUUUGAACUUUCAUUGCCUUUAUAUUUCAUUUGACAAGUAUUUUCCGACCUUUGAUGUUUAAAAUAUAUUUUAUCUAUAUAUACGCUACUGAAACAAAGGGGUAUAAUUCAUGAAAUUGAUAUAUCUUAUUUAUUUUUUUAGUAAUAAACCCCCAACUGUAAUUACACACUUUGACAUAGAAUCGGUUAUAAAAUAAACCAGAAAAUAUAUAUAUUUGACAAGAGAAAAGUUAAACAAAGCUGUCAAAAAAGUGAUUUGAAAAUGGUAACAUCUCGCUGAUUCUAGAUAAAUGAAAGUUCAAAAUUCUUUUUUAGUAUUGUAUGUGUCUUGAUGUUAUGUGAUUUGUUAUUAUUAUUUUUUAUAAACAAAACAAACAGUGGCGGCUGUUCCUAUCCAACCACCAAAAUAAAAGUAAAAAAAUAAGUACCAUAUGAUAUGAAAAAACGGCUUCCUAUUGGCUUGGAAAUUACGAUCGAUGACAUUACCCAUAUAAUUAUACAUAUAACAGUCGUUUUUUUCGAUCAUGUUCUAUAUAAUUAAAUGCAUGAUUAUAUUUUUACGUUAUAUUUGAAUACAAGUCUAUAAUGACGUCAUUUCUAGCAUGAUAACUAGAAAGAUAGACUUUAUGCACAAAAAAUAUCCGUUUUUUAUGCACUAAAAAUACGGAACUCACGAGCCGCCACUGCAAAAAGGUAUUACCUAUAUACAAAAUAUUUAUUUAUUAGUAUCUCAUAUAAAAAUAAACUUGAAGACAGUACUACAGUGCCUUUCUAAAAUGGAUGUAUUUCUUCUGUAAUAACUAUUUUGAUAUUGAAUCAUUAUUGUAUAUUGUAUAUAUUUGUAUAAGUAAUAAUUGAUUUUGUAUAUAUUUUUUGUACCUAAAAAUAGACGAGUUUUUAACGCUGUUUUACAUAAAAUAAACAAAUA